UAUCCACGUACAUCUCUUUGGGCGCAAUGCGGGACUAGCGCACGUCAUUGUGUUUUUCUUCCACCUCUUGUAUCGCGCUGGCCGCGACCGUGAGCUCUUCUGCGUCCUACGAGCACUCGCGACAGCUGACGUGACAUUACGGCUUCCGCUGAAGGAGCAUUCUCUUCCUCAGCAGCAUCCUUGAUGGCUCUUCUUUUUCUGCUUGAAAAAAGGAUGCACUCAGGGAUGCUCUAAUGACGAUAGCUCUAAUGACGAUUUCGGACGAACAAAAACGGCAAGCACGACCAACACUUCUUACGGCUUCGUUAUCAUCAUGCGUUUUAUGCUGGUUAGCAGAUUUCGACAAGUAGAUCAGAAGUGCUACUUUUUCAUACAAGAACUUGCUUCUGCAACUAACUUUAGAAUUUGACUUGUUCAAGAUGAUGAUCUACACGGAUCAUGACUUCCAUGAUCUGUAGGUGCAAAGUAGAUAAUUAUCCAGGAAAACUUCUCAGACCACAGAUGUAGAGUACUUGGCUUCACAGGAAGGAAACAACUCAAACAGAUGUAACCAAGAAAAGAGCUAAAGGGCAGUUCUCGUUCUUCUUUCUCGUCCUCUAAAAUGAAGCAUGGAGUCCCUCACACGGAC